AUGGAUUUCUUCAGGUCUGCCACAAUGGAUCUCUACGAGGUUUCUAUACCUAAGGAUAACGCAUGGGAGGCCAUGGACUUGUUCGGAAAGCUCAACUCCCUCCAUUUUGUCAAUCUUAACAAGAACGAACAGGUUUUCAACCUCACCUAUGCUAGCAGGGUCAAAAGAUGUGAUGAAGCGAUGAGGAAAUUAUCGACUAUUCUUGAAUCAGAGGCUAAUAGGAUUAAGCUCCCAAUGUAUAUUCCUAGUAACCUUGAUAACUUCCGAGCAGCUGUGAAGAUACAGUCAAGGCUGAGAAAUAGAUCCUCGCAGGCUAUUUUUGAGAUCAUAGAGGAAGAUAUUCAAAAAUAUUCAAAGUUCAUUCUUGACCAGAAGGAGAAUGAAGAAGGAAUGCACAACCAGUGUCUCAAACUUAUUGAGAAGAGAGCAGUCAUGGCUGUAGCAUCCACUAUCCUCAAGAAGGAAAUCAACAACAAAAAAGAAGAGAGUGAGAUCUUGAUGAGAGAAGGAGAUAAUGAGAUUGAAGCUAGAGAAGAGCUACUUGGCGAAGCCAGACUUAAUAUUUCUCACAUUGCAGGUACUAUUAACCAAUCUGAGAAAGAAAGACUUCAGAGGAUGAUUUUCAGGGCAACUAGAGGCACUGCUCUUUCUUAUUUCCAGGAUAUCGCCCAACCUUUCAUUUCCUACAAAGGAGAUAAGACAUAUAAGACUGUCUUUAUCAUCAUUUAUCAAGAUGGGGAGUACUAUACAGAAAAGUUAAGAAGGAUUCUCAGCUCUUUCAUGACGAAUAUUUUCGAAAUAGAUUCGAUCGACAUUAACCAAGAAGCUCAGGAAGCAUCCAAGCGUAUCAAGGAAUUCAGGGACAUCAUGAAGAAAUGCUAUGGAGAAAUAAAGGAGUAUCUAAAGGCAGUGAAUACUCUUGAAGGUACUCAGAUAUCCAAAAUCCAGCUCUAUAAGCUAUAUCUUGCAAAAGAAAAAUAUCUUUAUGAGAAUUUGAAUAAAAUGAAAAUUGGUCGAAAUCUUUUCAUCGGCUUAUUCUGGUUACCUGCUUCCGAAGUGCCUUCUUUGAAAGAAGAAAUUAUCAAGUUUACUGAAGAAGGGAAGUCAAAAGCUCCUCAGAUCUUUUUGAGGAAGAACCAUGACCAGACUCCGCCUACUUUUAUCAGGACGAAUGACUUUACAGCUCCCUUCCAGGAGAUCACAGAUACUUAUGGAGUGCCGAAUUACAAAGAAGUGAAUCCAAGUUAUUUUGGAAUUGUGACCUUCCCAUUUCUGUUUGGAGUGAUGUUCGGUGAUGUCGGCCACGGAGCUCUCCUGUUCCUCUUAGGAGCCUUCCUUUGUAUUCAAGUUGGGUUUUUGAAGAAGUCAGCUCUCAGCUCAAUGAUACCUUAUAGAUAUUUGAUUCUGCUUAUGGGAAUCUUUGCCACUUUUUGUGGAGCCUGUUAUAAUGAUAUGAUGUCGAUCCCGAUUGAAAUGUCUAAAAGUUGUAUUAAUCUCGAUGAAGAUGGAGAUGAUAUUUUUGAAGAAGACUGUGUCUAUCCAUUUGGAGUAGAUCAUACCUGGUACUUAGCCUCAAACAAUCUGGCAUUCUUGAAUUCUUUGAAAAUGAAGAUAGCUGUCAUAUUUGGUGUUUCUCAGAUGUCUCUUGGUAUCCUAAUGAAAGCAAUGAAUGCUAUCCAUUUCAGACAAAGUUUGGAUUUCUUCUAUGAAUUUGUUCCUCAAAUUAUCCUUCUUCUGUCUCUAUUCGGAUUCAUGGACUUUCUCAUCAUUAUGAAAUGGCUGACUCCUUGGGAAGAUAAAACCAAUAGAGCUCCAGGAAUCAUCGGACUAAUGAUUAAUAUGUUCUUGAACUUUGGUCAAGUUAACACAGAGACAACUGAUCCUCUCAUUGGGGAUGCUGGAACUCAACAAGCUGUUUGAAUCAUACUUCUCAUAGUAGCUUUGUUCUGCGUCCCAACCAUGUUGGUAGUGAAACCCCUUUUCUUGAGACAUGAACUAAAGCAUAUGCAUGAUAAAUCUUCUUCCUCAUCAAGUAGUGAUAGAGAGCUCAAGGAAUAUCAAUCUUCUGAGCAUGAAGGAGGAGAAGAAGAAGAGAAAUUACAGCAGAAGCCUAUAAUGAAUGCUGCUGAAGUCACCCAAUUUUUAGAUCAAAAUAAGACAGAAGAAAAUCAUAACUUCUCUGAAAUCUGUAUUCAUCAGCUGAUAGAAACAAUUGAAUUUGUUUUAGGAACUGUGUCGAAUACAGCUUCAUAUCUCAGAUUAUGGGCUUUAUCACUUGCCCAUGGACAACUAGCACAUGUAUUCUUCGAUAAGCUAUUAGAGUCAUUUGCUCUAAGUGGAUCUGGAAAUGCUGCUUUGCUAUUUCUACUCUUUCCAGUGUUCUUUUCAUUCACAUUCUUCGUACUCAUGUGUAUGGAUUCAAUGGAAUGCUUCCUUCACACCCUCAGACUUCAUUGGGUAGAGUUUCAGAACAAGUUCUUCAAAGGAAAUGGUUACAAAUUUGUGCCGUUCUCAUUCUCAAGUAUUAUUGAAGCAGAGAUUCUGAAAGGACUCGCUCCAAAUAUUUUUAUCACAAAUGAGGAUGUAGACAGUGAUUAUCAUAAAAGUGAGAUUGAGCUUCCUCCUCUUCCUGAAAGAAAAAGUGAAGAAAGCGUAAAGAGUGAUAAGCAAGAUAACUCCGAGAUAGAAGAAGAAAAGCAACCUCAAGAGGAAGAGAAGGAGGUCACUAAAGAUCCAAAACAACUGCUAUAUCAAGAUGUGAAGAACUUUGCUAAAGAUAUUAGCAUAAACAAAAACAACUUAGGAGACGCUAGAGAAAGGCUGACAAUUCUUAUGUCGGCUCUAAAGACCAACAGCGAGUUGCUUGCAGGAGUACAUAUUGAAGACUCUGAUCCUCCUUCCAUCCUGAACCCAAGCUAUGAUUAUCUCGCUUCAUUUGAUGAUUAUUCAAAUACCCAAAAGGAAUUAAACUCUGAUAUCUCUAACAUAGAGGUUUUCAUAACCAAAAUUUCUAAUCUGCAAAAGGAAAAAGAACUCUUGCAAGAUUAUUCUGAAGAAGAACUACAAGACAUGAUUGGGAAGGUUGAGACCACAACAGAGGAUAUUUCAGAAAUCAACAAGAAGCUUGAACAGAUGAGCAUUGAACAGGGAGCCAAAAUCUCAAACCUUGAAGCAUUCCUUGAUGAAGCUAGAACAGAACAGUUUGCGAGGUGUGACUUUACGGAGAAUAUCGAGGUUAACACAGAAAUUGAGUCCAAGGACAAAUUCUGUCAAAAUUUACUUACAAAGAUCCAGAAUAUUGUGGAUAACCAUCCUGAAGAAAUGUCUGAUACUAGAGGAGAUGUACUAAACGACAUUAUUGCCAAGAUUCCUGGCUGGGAAGAAAGAUACCAGACUAAUAUUGAAUCCAGAACUUCUUUGUUAGAGGCAAUUAAUAAUCUAAAAUCCAAGGUCUCAGAGCAUCAGGAUAAAACCUUAAAUAUGAACAUUAUUAGAGAAAUAAUCAGUCACAAAGAGGAAAAUCUGGAUGAAAACAAUCAGGCUUUAGAUGACAUAGAGAAGCUCAUCAAUGAAAUUAAAAUUCUUGAGCUCGAAUUCACAGAAUGUGAGGAGAAAGACCAAGUAAGAAAGGCUAUCCUUGAUGAUCUCCUACCGAAGGUCAGCAAUCUUGCUGACAAUUAUGGUGCAUACCCUGAUUGCUAUGAAACACGUAUGCAUGAUCUUGAAAAACUUCGUGAGACUCUGGAAAUGAUGACUGAUCAUGAAGACUACCCAGAAGAUCAAGAGUCUAUUGUUGAUCUCAAGAAUAGAGUUUCUGAGUCUAUUGCCAAAAUUGAAGAAAUAAAUGACAACAUAGAAUCCUCCAAAGAACUUAUUGAGGAUAUUUUGAACGAAGAAGAGUAUUCUCUUUCCAAUGAAAUCCCCUUCUUAGAAUCAAAGCUUCAUAAUGUAAACAAAGUGCUGAAAAAGCUGACUUCUGGGCUUGAGGUCCUAGACCAAAUUGAAGCCACAACUACUAGCUAUAGAGAGGAGCUAGAUGAUGCCCAUAUUGAUAGAAAUAACAAGACCAAAAAUGCAGACUUCUGAACAUUCAGAGAUGAAUUAGCUUCUCUUAAAGGAAAAUACGAAAUGGUUUUCACAAGAGUUGAGCAAGAGAAGGAAGAUCCAAGGCUCAAUGAUAAUCAUAGAGAGAUAAUUUCUGAAGUAGAGACUAUCCUUCAAGAUACCAAUGAUAAAAUUUCAGAGCUAAGCAUUAAACAGGAAGAGGAUGAAAAGCUACUAGGUGAAAUUAUUGAGAUUGUUGAUAACACCGAACUCAAAACUACAGACUAUGAUGUCCUGAAGAAUCUGAUCUCACUCAUAGAGCAAGUUAAGGUUUCUGAAGUUGAUGCGCUUGGUCCAGUAAAUAAGCUUUCUGCAGACCUAGACAAUGCAAUUUUGUCAUUGGAUAAGAUUGACUAUGCACAAGAGAAUGAUCCAAAAUAUGCACUGCUUGAUCAGCUGACUCUUUCUACAGAUGAACUUCUAAAAAGUAUCAGGUUCAUGAAAUCAGUGUUUGACUCAACAGAAGGAUACACUUCGAGUCAGGAAGAAGACUCUCAAUACGACAGGAUAUCAGCCGAUCUAGGAGAGCUUAUUGUCAGACUCAUCGAAAUCAACGAGAAGGUAGAUGACUUUAAGAGCAGCGGAGAUGUUGAAAAUAUUAACGAAUUCUUGGGCGAGCAGGACUUAGAACUUCAACAAAUCCAAGAGGCUCUCUUCAACCACAGCUUGGUUCUCCAGAGCAUCCCUUGGGGAGAGAAACUUGGCAGAAGAAUUGAAGAACUCAAGGAAGAACAAGGCGAUGUAGAGGUUAUGGUCGAAGAAGGAAGAAAAAUUCAAAAGAAACUUGAGAAAAUGAAGGACAAAGCUAGUAAAAAUGAAGAAGCUAAUGAAGAGAUUCUUGAGAAAAUCGAGUACCAUCUAGAGCUUGUCACUACAAAUCUCCAGGAACUCGAAGAUAAAAAGGAAGAUAUGGACUCUAUAGAGGAGGAUAUUAAGGAAUUCGAUGAGAUCUUGAGCAACAGGAAUAAUAAUGACUUCAAAGAGAUCACCAAUCUACUCAAGAAGAACAAAGAAAUUAAAGAGAAAAUAGAGCAUAUCGAUGCAACUAUGGAUAAUUUAGAUGCUGAGAUAGACAAUGUUGCUCCUUUCAUCGCUGAGAAUAAGAAACUGAUCAAGAAGAAGUAUAAGGUUAAGAAGGGAGAUGAGCUCGAUGAAGCAAUUGCUAGCUUCGUCAAUAACUCAGAUAUUGAUGUACCCAUCAAGAGAACAGAUGAUGGCAAAUACAUGAUUGGAGACAAGAAAAUUUCAGCAACCCUUCGUAAUGGCAAACUUCUGAUAAGAGUUGGAGGAGGAUACCAGACACUCCAAGAGUACAUGGAAACUAUUGGAGAGGCCAAACUGAGAAGACAUGCUAGAAAGGCUAAAAGAGAGAAGAGAAAGAACAGAAAAUCCGAGAGGAAGCCUCGUGUUCUUAACAAAACAGGAGGUACAGAUGUUGUUGGAAGUGCCGACUUAAUGAAAUCUUGGGAAUAAUGCCUUCAACACUGA